AUCUCUGACGUUGAUGUGCGUGGAUGGAUCAGCUGUGGCGAAAAACACUGUGCCAACAACACGACUUCAGUGAGAAAAUGGAGAUACAGGUGACACCGGCAGAGGACGACAGCGGAUGCGCGGCGUCAGAGCUGAAGGAAGGAGAAGAUGGCUGCUCCGAGGCGUGGCGCUGGUGGCGCUCGCUGGGCAGCCCGCGCUUCGUGCUGGCGCCAAUGGUGGACGCCAGCGAGCUGGCGUGGCGGCUGCUGAGCCGCGAGCUGGGCGCGCAGCUCUGCUACUCGCCCAUGCUGCACGCCGCCGUCUUCGCGCGCGACCCCAAGUACCGCCGCGACGCGCUCGCCUCCUGCCCCGAGGACCGGCCGCUCAUCGUACAGCUGUGCGGCAACUGCCCCGAGACGCUGGUGUCGGCGGCGCUGCUGGCGCAGGACCACUGCGACGCCAUCGACGUGAACCUGGGCUGCCCGCAGGCCAUCGCGCGCCGCGGCCGCUACGGCGCCUUCCUGCAGGACGACUGGCCGCUGCUCGCCGACAUCGUGAGUUCGCUGCGGCGCGCGCUGCGCGUGCCGGUGACGUGCAAGAUCCGCGUGUUCGCCGAGGUGGAGCGCACGGUGGCGUACGCGCGCAUGCUGGAGUCUGCGGGCUGCCAGCUGCUGGCGGUGCACGGGCGCACGCGCGAGCAGCGCGGCCCGCUCACCGGCCUGGCCUCGUGGCCGCACAUCGCCGCCGUGGCGCGCGCCGUGCGCGUGCCCGUGGUCGCCAACGGCAACGUGCGCUGCCUGGCGGACGCGCGCCGCUGCCUGCGCGAGACGGCCGCCGCCGCAGUCAUGAGCGCAGAGGGCCAGCUGCGCAACCCGGCGCUGUUCGCGGGCCGCUCGCCGCCCGCCUGGGAGCCCGCGCUGCGCUACCUGCAGCUCGCCGCGCGACACCCCUGCCCGCCCUCCGUCGUGCGCGGCCACCUCUUCAAGCUCUUCCAGCACUGCCUCUGCCUUGAGGAACACAAAGACAUUCGUAGUCGAAUAGCAACAGCUGGUUCAUUGGAGGAGAUGGGUGAUGCUGUGCAGGAACUGCGUGAUCGUUUGCUGCCUCUGCAUGAGGGACUCUCCCCAAGACCAUGGGAGCCACCACCGGAAACAGGAUAUGAUUUGGUGCUGCCUCCAUGGAUCUGUCAGCCAUAUGUGCGUGAUCCCCCAGAGGUGCACCUCCAGAAAGUGGCACAAAAUCAGGCAGCUGGAGCCACUUCAGAGUCUGUGGAGCUGGAUACGACUGUUGGCGGUGAUGCAGAGAAAGAGAAUCAUGAUGGUGUCUCUCAGAAAAGGCAAAGGGAGAGCAGUGUAGAAUCCACUUGCAGCAAAUCUCAAUCAAAAAGGUUAUUGAAGAAGAUGAGGAAACUACAGAGGAACCCAAACAAAGUGUUCAAUGGAAGAAAGGGAGUAGAGAAGUGUGCAGAAUGUCCCAAUCCAAUGGGCACUAAAUGUGAGCACCAGUUAUGCAAAGCAUGCUGCCGAACACUGUGUUAUACGCAAGAUAAGGAUUGCCCUGGACACCGCAUUCUUAUUAAGACAAGGCGAGAAAGGGCACGGCACUUUGCUGCUUUGCAACACCAGCCCCAGGAGGACAGUUGUCAGCCGGGUGAAGAUCUCGAUGGGGAGGUGGAUAUGGACAAGGAAGACAAACAAGAUAUAGAAGGAUGCCUUUUAACUGCAGAAAAUGAGUCAUAACAUGGACUACUGGUGUUUCAUAACACUGUAUCUAUUGUAAAUAAAAUUUGUUACAUUGUU